AUGCAUGAAGACGCCGAAGCACAUCGGCGAGUAUACGACUACUUUCCGAGCGCUAGCAAUGAUGACUUGGCUUCGCGCUUCGUGGUAAUGAUCCCUGAUGUCGGGCCACGCUUCAACUGCGACAAGGCCCUGGGCUCUACGGAACUCGCAGACAUGCCCUUGAAUGUAUACUUUGCCAUUCCGCUCUUUUCCUCUUCAACCUCACACGACUCGUGGUCAUCUGCCGCUUUCCGUCUGGCCUCACGCCGCCUGCUCCAUUGUCCGAUCAUGCUCGAUACCUGCAGCAUGCUCGGCCAUCUGAUCCGCAGCAUCCUCAUCGCCCUCCUCUCCUUGAUCGACUCUGGUUCGGCCGUCGAUUCAAGUGACCCUUCGAACGCCGCUCUGUGGAGCGCUGUACCGGAUUGUGCCAAGUUGUGUGUGCAGAAUUUCAUCGAGGGUCAAUACAACUCGGCAGAAUGCACCUCGGGAUCCGAUAUCACUUGUCUUUGCAGGACGAAGACACCGAGCGGACUUACCUUGGGAGAAGCCGGACUCAGCUGCUUGUAUGCGCUGUGCGCAGAGACGGAUAUCGCCAGCCAAGGGAGUAGAGUCUACCCCACCACUUUCGAUCCUCCUCCAGGGUUGACCAAGACUACGGACUCGUCAGUCACGACGUAUGCUCCAUCAAAUACGGCCUCGUCCCCGUCUGCGGGGCCGACGAUUCCAUUAUCCUCCUCUUCAUCGUCGCACUCUUCGUCCUUCCCUUCUCGAAACACACGGUCUACGAAUACAGUCGCUCAGACCACAGCGUCAACUUCCGGGUCAAUAUCGACGUCAAGCGACGGUGGACGCAGCCUGCUCACAGCGACCAUCACAGCGACGAACAGUCCUGCCUCAUCAUCGGCACAAUCAAAGGGUGCUGUGUCUCCUGUAAGUUCCAGUACCGUCAUUGGAAUCUCCGUUGCAUCAGGCGUCGCCGGUGUCUUCCUCAUUGGAAUGGCGGUUUUCUUGUGUUGCAAGCGACGGCGUCAGAGCAAAAACGAUGCUGGUGCGAAUCCUAGUCAUUAUGACUUUUUCGAAAUUGGCGGUACAAUGUCUGAGCCCCCGGAUUUCUCCCGAUCUCCCUCUCGUCUCUCACCCUCGGGGCCUCAUGGCGGACCCGGUGGGCCGUUGACCAACGCAUAUGACCACGGGAGUGACGAGAUGUCCGAGUUGCCUACUACUCGAACGCCGACGUGGCAGAGCCAACCCACGGUACCGACUGUGAGGCUGCUUCCAAGUGACCCAGUAGACACGGAGGACUUGCACGACAGGGAGCCUAUUGGGGUUGCUGUAAGCUCGAGAGAUGGCUGGGCCCAUUCUCCGCGGAGUUUGACAUCGCAAAAGAUGCACGCCGAGUCUCCCUCGACGACAACGGCAUCAUUACAUCCCAAGCCGUUGAAAUGGAGUCAUCGACCGGACAGUGGUGGCACUCUAUUCGAAGAAGAAGACGACCCUCAGCAGAUGAGACUUUCUCAUCCAUUCGGCGUGCCGGGUACACCUUCUGUGCGUGCAUUGCCAGGGUUGCCGGCCAACCCUCGUGCCUUCAAGGAUGGAAAUAGACCAUCACAAUAUCCCCGUGCCUUGCCGCAGCCGCACACUGGCCCCGCCCCACGAAAUCGCUUGUCUCCGGGGGAUGGUGUGUCAGAUGGCAGAAUGGUCGGACUGAACCUCUCUACAACGGCUUUCCGAGCUUCUCCAACGCCGAACCCCAGUAGCUCUUCAGACAACACUUCGGGAUCAUCAUCUCGCGGGUCGGCGAGUAUCCCAGUCGGGAUCGCUCCAAACCAAGAGCAGGCACAUCGUGGCCAGGAACGUAAUACGAGCAUGAGACACUUACACCCAUCACGUCCAUCUCUCCGCAGUGGUUUCGAUGCCCGUGCAAGUUCCGCUCAGAACGGAGGAAUGUCCAGGAGACCCUUGCAAACAAUCAGGCCUUCACAGAUGCAACGCGAUCAUACUCGGACCCCAAGCGCUCUCGGUCUCUCCACAUGCACAGACGGGUCACCACAACCGCGCAUCGUGUCCCCCGAGGAGAUCAAGCACGUCCAAAUCCGCAGUAGUCCACGUAUUCCCGGGGAGGUCGUGGCCCCCUAUUGUCCGGACGACCUGUGGCCCGAGCGAGGCCGAAGUCGAGCCCCCGCGCCCAACACGAUGAAGGAACUGCCCUACCCGUCCGAGAUGACCUCUGCAAAGGCCGUGUAUCCGGAGAGUCCGCAUAAGAGGCCGAUGGACCUACGGGCGCAGAGAUUAUCGGCUACUGGACGGAGCCUGACUCCAUCAAAGAGGGGGAACGAUCUGAUUCUUCGAGUCGAUUAG